CUCCAUGCCCUGUGUUCAACUCCGCCAUCCGCCAACCAUCGAGUGUGGACUAAUCCGAGCGCAACUAUCGCCCCCCUCCCCAAUUAUCUUCGCCAUUGCCACCGCAACUACCACCCCCAACUAUCUUCGCCACUACCACCGCAACUAUCACCUCAAUUAUCUUUGCCCUUACCACGGCAACAAUCACCCCAAUUAUUCUCGCACUGAUCAUGAGCAAUGUACUUAUCAUCCCACACACUCACAUUUCACGCAUCCGGCCUUCAUCCGGUCUGUGUUUGACCAAUCGCAUGGACUUCACUUGUCCUAUAUAACCAGUGUUCUGUAUUCUGUAUCGCAUUGACGAUCUGAACCCUUUCUUGUUGUUCUCGGACCGAAUUGUAUCUCUUUUGAAACUGCGUUGAGUGGAAGCGCUACUAUUGAGUACCGUCAUCUUGUCCAGUGUUCUUGUUCUUUGACUGGCUGGAUACGCGUUGGCUCAAGGCCCUUCAAAGCGAAUUGUCGCUUACAGUACUCAAUACUGCUUCCUCGUUUGGAGUGAAGUUUGAAGUUUCGAGUGCCGUACUCAACAGCAUUUCGUUUGCUUUCAACUGGAUUCCGGAAUUUGACGGUUCUUUACGCCUUGAAGUGAAUUGGAACUCACUCAAUCACAUCGGACAAUGUCUGCAAGGAAUUUUACCUCUGAAAAUCCCAUGGAUGAUGCAGCAUACCGGCAAGUCAUUGAUGAAUAUCAUGAUGGUGCUUCAUGCUCUGGUUCACAUGUUAGCCAUAAGAUUGAGCAUAGUAUUAUUUCCCGUCGUUCGUCCGCUGUAAUGACUGUAGCGGAGUUAAGAAAAAGACAGUCAGAUUUGGAUAAGCAGAAGCGUUUAGUAGAUCUUGAAUUAGAAGUGGCCAAGCUUCGAGUAGAAUUGGAAGAAAGCAAUGUCCGCUCUAAUCUUAAAGUGAUAUCGGCCCCUAGUUCUGGUGAGAGGAAUCAGGGUAUAGGCGCUUUUGUUGAUCAGUGUCAGUUGUCGGCAGCCGAGGCGUACGAUCACAGAGCCAAUCGGGGUAGGUUAGUGUCACAGCAGUGCCUACAGCUAGAUCUGCCAAAGGUUGAACUAGAAUAUUUCGAUGGUAACCCUGCUAAGUAUUGGAAAUUUGUAAAGCAGUUCGAAUACUACGUCGAAAGCCGCGUGUUUGACAGUGGCCAGCGACUGCUUUAUUUGAUUCAUUAUUGUCGUGGCUAUGCCAAGGAGGCCAUCAGUGAAUGUGUGAUGUUGCCUCCCUCUGUGGCCUACGAUAGAGCGAGAAAGGUUCUCCGUGAACUCUUUGGAGAAAGCCAUGUCGUAGCCAGAUCGUUAAUUGAUGGUCUCAUGACUGGCUUGAGGCCACUCUCUGCCAACCCAGAUGAAUUGAGUAAAUUGUCCAUGAAAAUGGAAAAUUGCUACAUCGCUCUGUCGCAGAUGAACUUUACUGCGGACUUGAAUUCCAUUGCAACGAUUGAACGAGUAGUGCGUGUUUUACCCAGCAGCCUUCAGGCCCGGUGGGCAAGGGUAGCAGAUUCGAUCACGCAUGAUGGGCGGGAGGUCGAUUUCAAGGACUUGGCUGAUUUCGUUGCCGCGGAAUCUCGUGUUGCGCGAAGUAGAUUCGGUCAAAUCGCUUCGUCAAAUGCGUCGCGGCAGCAUUUAGAUGCCAGACCACCGCUAGUAGAGCACAGACGAAACGAUCGUAGCCACGUCCUCUACACCUGGUCAGGUGCCUCUCCUAAAACAGCGUGUUUGAAUUGUGGUAGUGAUCAUGCCACGGCCUCGUGCCGUAGUUUUCUCUCUUUGGAUGUUCCUAGCAGGUGGAGGCUCAUGAAGUCCAGAGGUGGGUGCUUCAGGUGUCUAGAAACAGGUCACAAAUCUGCCACCUGUCAAAAUAGCAAAGAAUGUAAUGUGUCUGACUGCAGAGGGCAUCAUCAUCCACUGCUUCACUCAGAGUCCAGACAAGUGACUUCACCGACCGUAGCAAACACUUGCACUGCUACCUUCACUGCACAGCAGCAGGUGUGUUUGGGAGUGGUACCAGUGCGUAUAGAAAGCCAAAGAGGAUUAUUGGAAACAUACGCCUUGUUAGAUACAGGUUCGAAUGUAACUUUGGUAGAAGAAGGACUUAUGGAAGAAGCCGGCAUCGGGGUCACACCAAGUCGUUUGGAAUUCACGACGAUGUCGGGCACAUCCUCGAUCGAAGCGGGUUAUGUAGGUUUCACUUUGUCAUCCCUAGAUGGCACUGCUUCGAUUUCUGUUAGGCAGGCCUACUGCUUGCCAAGACUGCCCUUGGAACCCAUUAUAACCCCGAAGAGGGAUUUGGCGCGCCAGUGGCCACACAUGGCGGAUAUACCAUUUGAGGAAAUCCGGGAUAGUCGGAUCCGAAUACUCUUAGGUGCUAACGUGCCAGAGGCACACUGGCAUUUAGAGCAACGUCUUGGGGAUAGAAAUCAUCCUUUUGCUGUGAAAACCUUACUCGGUUGGACGUUGUUAGGCCCAGUUGGAGAAGGCAGAACUGCCGUUGAUUCCGUACAUGAUUGCCAUGUUAGUAGGCCGACAGCUGAAGAACAGUUAGGGAGAUUGUGCAACAACGACUUUGCUCGUGUGGAUACAGGUGAUCAUGCACUCUCAGUGGAAAAUAAAUGCACGAUAGCCCACGUUGUUACAGUAUCGGCAGAGCCCCCUCUGUUCCUCGCCAAAGCAGAGCCUAUCAUUAACAGUAGGCCUCCUAACCUGCUGACGACAAUCGCGGUUGAUCAACCAGUUCUCACGCCUAAUGAUCUGCUGAUACUCAGAUCGAAUACAGAGGGAACAGCACCAGCGAAGCUUUAUAACGGGUCUGCACAAUGUUGUAGGCAAACUAACUACUUAGCCACACUAAUUUGGAAACGGUGGAGCAAGGAGUAUCUCACGUUAAUGCACCUGAAGCAAAGGUGGCCGAAAUUACAACGCAACGUUAGACAUAAGGACGUGGAUUUAGUCACUUCGGAUUCACACUGUCGGGACAGUUGGCCUUUGGCAGUGGCUGAGAGUUGUAAGACCACCCAGGACGGCCUAGUAAAGACAAGGUCGGUUAGAAUAAAUGGGUUGUUUGCGCGCGAUGUUAUAAAGAUCUGCCUUAUCGAAGGCAGCGAAUGGGGCAAGGGGUCAGUCCCGGCUGUUGAAUCACCGCAAGUGGGAGGUGGGUUUUCGGAUCUGCUGCCUCAGGGAGGACCACCGUGAGUUCAACAGACCGAAGUGGAGAAGUUUAGGCGUACCGUUGUAAGUCCUACUCUUCUCCAUAGUGGAUGGAGCAGGUUAGGGUGAACCAGAGUACCUCAAGAUCCCGAAGUGAAAUUUCUGUCCGAAAUUUGGCGGGAGUGUAGGAUUCUCCAUGCCCUGUGUUCAACUCCGCCAUCCGCCAACCAUCGAGUGUGGACUAAUCCGAGCGCAACUAUCGCCCCCCUCCCCAAUUAUCUUCGCCAUUGCCACCGCAACUACCACCCCCAACUAUCUUCGCCACUACCACCGCAACUAUCACCUCAAUUAUCUUUGCCCUUACCACGGCAACAAUCACCCCAAUUAUUCUCGCACUGAUCAUGAGCAAUGUACUUAUCAUCCCACACACUCACAUUUCACGCAUCCGGCCUUCAUCCGGUCUGUGUUUGACCAAUCGCAUGGACUUCACUUGUCCUAUAUAACCAGUGUUCUGUAUUCUGUAUCGCAUUGACGAUCUGAACCCUUUCUUGUUGUUCUCGGACCGAAUUGUAUCUCUUUUGAAACUGCGUUGAGUGGAAGCGCUACUAUUGAGUACCGUCAUCUUGUCCAGUGUUCUUGUUCUUUGACUGGCUGGAUACGCGUUGGCUCAAGGCCCUUCAAAGCG